GUGAGAGCGAGGCCGCUGGUGGAGCUCGAAGCUCUUUCCUACAGUAGGGAGGUACUCCAAUCUGGCCCCGCUGGCUGCUCUCAACCUUCUCAAUAGUCGGAUGAUUAGAUCGCAGAGGGCCGUUACAAUCUCCGAAUACAUUCGAUCCCAACAUAAACCGCGUUCACAGUAACCCUGGGAUUUCCAUCCAUUCGACGCAGCUCCAUGGUGACCCGAUACUGAUUUUUAAAGAGGAGGGCAUUCACUGGUUCAGCCGGAGAGGACUCUUGCUGCACGAGCAGGGCUGAAAGAUGUGCAAUGGAAUGGUAGCGUGUGAGACAAGAGCCUCGCUCGCUCACAGGGUGGCCACCACAUCCCUGCUGCUCCUCCUCCUCAGCAUGUUCCCCACAGGCCAAGCUUCAGGUUGUCCCAGACCCUCAGUUGUGCCUCAUGGCCGUGGGAACCUGACGGAAACAAAUCGCGGCUCCUUCCCUGUUGGCACGCUGCUACAGUACAGCUGCGAUCCAGGAUACACGUUGGAUGGCUACAACAUCAUCACCUGCACCGUCUCAGGCCACUGGAACUCCGACCCUCCUCGCUGUAUCAAAAAUGAUGCUUAUUUCCCAACAGUUUGUCAACCACCAAGUGAGCCAGAGAACGGAGGGUAUAAUUGCCACCCAUCGCCAUGCCACAGACUGACCCAGGGUACCGUGAUUGAGUACUUCUGUGAUGAGGGUUACAUUUUGAAAGGAGGGUACCAAUUCCGAACCUGUGACAACGGAGAGUGGAAGUCGACCAUGCAGAUCAGCUGUCACCCUGUGCAGGGCGAGGAGCAGCAAUCCCCGCUGCCCAUGCCGGCUCUGUCUAUCGUGGCCUCCACUGCCAGCUCUGUGGCCCUAAUCUUGCUGCUGGUUGUGCUGUUUGUAUUGCUUCAGCCCAAACUCAAGUCCUUCCACCACAGCCGCAGCCGGGAGCAGGGUGUGUCAGGACAGCCUACCUCCAUCAUGGUGGAGGGCGUUCAGGUCUCGCUGCCCUCCUACGAGGAGGCGGUGUAUGGCGCAGGCGGCAGUUCUGUGCCCCCUCCUGAGUCCCGCGUUCAGAUCGUGCUGUCGGAGGGCCCUCAGGCCGAGGGUUUGAACGAACCUCUCGAACAGGCUCAGGCGGGUUACAGUUUUCCCUCCACCUCGACUGCUGCGUCCUCGUGUCACGCAGAGACUGUAUUGGUUCACCAGGUGCCCUCUUCCUCCUCUCCAUCCUCCUCAUCCUCUCCCUCCUGGGCUGCUGAGCAGCCUGGUGCCGCUGCGCCUCUCCACCGCAGGCAGAGCAGCGAGAGCAGCGAUCAGCACAGCUUGCUUUCAGUCACCUCUGCCGAAGACUAUGGGGAUGAUAUUCCAUUGCUAAAGGAAGCCUGAGUCUGUGUGCAGUCUCCCCUCUCUCUGUCAUCGCUGGCCAGGACUGUAACCCCUAAAGCUUCUCACCAAACACGUACCCCACAGCCACCCGUCAGACCGCAGCAGUAAAUAAGAUCUGUCAGCUGUCCCUCUGCCAACAAAUCGCCCGCCCCUGGGCUUUACAAGCUGCGUGGCCCCCAUGGAGUCCGGCAGCUCUCUUCACAGCAAGGAACCUUUGCCCGGAUGACCCCUGAAAGGGAUGCGCAAACGCUCGAGUCUAACACGUCGCGCCUUUCCUCGCAGGUGCGCUAAUAAUCAGUUGCACUCACAGGCUUACCUCGUCACGGCGAGGAUUCACUAAUUACAAACGAAUGCAUUCAGAUUACGCCGUGGACCUCUGCUCCGUCAAUGACUGUGACCUCUUGCGAAGGGGAGAGUUCAGCAAGGAUUUGCUAAGCCAGGCUCUUUUCUCUUUGAUGCUGCAUGUUCUGUGCAAUUUCUUUUCUCUGUUUCGUUCCACGCGCGUACACACAGGAGCACGGCACGAUCGACGCAUGAGACGCAUAGAACCAUCUCCACACUCGUCCCCUUGUGCGAGACGCAGGGUUGAACUGAUUUACAUUGUACUGUAUUCAGAUACAUGCUUGCCUUUUUAUUUGUCAAGAAGUACCUGUGCUGUGCUCUGCGUGUGUGUGUGUGUGUGCGUUUCUAAUGCCUGUGUGACUGUGGCUGUUGUGAUUCAAAGAGGGCUGAUGUAUCAUCUAGGCUUCUUUUCCCCAAAAUAUCCCCAAAAUACCUCCAUUUUCUAAUUGAGACGUUAUUUAACUAGAAUGGAUGUUCCUUGUCUACAUGUCUGUUUGUCCAAAGUGAGGGAGAUAUACUUCGUGUUAAGUCUCAUUGAGAGAAAUAACUAUUUCGUCUUUUAAAAGCAAGUAUAUCUCUCUCAUGUUUAUGUGUUGCACGCACAAGUAAAAAAAGGUUUAUUUUUAAUUUAAUUUUUUUUUAAUCACGUGUAUGUUCUUUUUCCAAGAAGACAUUUAUGGGUGUGGACUAAGUUCAUUAUUGGGCGUUACACCUUGUGAGCUUUAACUCUGACUUAUAAUAUUUGGAUUUAAGCAAGUUAAAUUCACUUUUAAUUAAUGAAAAUGAAUAAACCGCAAAUAUUGCAUUGAAUGUUUUGCAAAGCAAAGGAUAGGCGCUGCUUUAUUAAGUUUCAUUAAUAAAUUAUUUUAGCCAUGUGCUAUUAAAAUGGUAUUUGUAAAGAGAAUGAAUCAGAGAUCUUAAAUAGGUUGUGCAUUGUAUUAAUGCACUGUGUAGACUAUAUAUAAACUAGCUCCAGAUGGCUUUGUUCUUCACCCAUAAUGUUUUUUUUGGCAAAUUGACAUUUAAAAAUGAAAACCAAUGAAUCGUUUUGAGUUUGCGUUUUACAUCCUUGCCCAUUGCCGCCUCGUGUAUAUUCCCUGUGGUUGAUUCAAAUUCUGAUGUUUUAUCAUCAUGCAUUAAAUAUAUAUAUAUAUUUUUGUGUGUCUGACUUUGGAGAGAGAGGGCAGUUUGCCUAUCUGCACAUCCUCAGUUUUGUGUUCCUGGCUUUGUAAAUUAAUUUACUUUUUUUUUUUUUCAUGCGAACUGAAGGCAAAAUAUUACUGCUGCCUUAAAACUUGUACAUUUCAUACAUUUCUCACUUUGUAAUCAUGUGUUUCUUCCAUCUCACUGGCUUUAUGGUAAUUUGUCUUCAGUUUCCUUAUGGCCUUACGUUUUCUUUUCUAUGCAUAAACAUUGUCUUGUUGAUUUUCAGACGUAGGGUUUGGAGGAUGUGACAAAAAAGAUUGUCCACCCGUACUUCCUCAGAAGCGUUUUGUUUUUGUCAGUGAACGUGAAAUAUGAACUUUUCAAACUUUUAUCAGUUUCAAAGGAUGUUUUUAAGUUUAAAAAAAGAAAGGACGCAAGUAAAAAAGGUUAUCUAGGAUGUGUGUGAAACACUGUUGUACGGUGUUUUUCUGCAAAUGUAAUUUAAGUUGACUCAUCCACCCAGCUCCCCCAUCCCCAUUACACUUCUUUUGGUUUUCCUCUGUACAUUGCUGUGGGUGUGAAGAUAGUAUUUUAAUAUUUGUAUAAAGUUUAAUUUAAUUCUACAGUGUGUAUAUAACUAUUUCUAAUUAAAGCUUUCAUUUGAAGUGCUCAA